AUGUUUUUGCCUUGCCUCCAAAUCAAGCUUUACCAUCCUCAGCAGAGCUGUAAGGGCUUUUAUGGUCAUCUUCCUCUGGGAACCAGAAGAAGACACACUGCCGACGACCCUCUCAGGCUGGGCCGUGACACAGAAGCCUGUGCCUACAUCCUGCUUGAUCCCCGGGUGUCCCAUAAGCAGCUGGCGCUCUACGCCUACCACAUUCCCCAGAGCUCAGAGAUGCUGUUUACCAUCCAGAAUCUGAGCCAGAGGGGGAAACUGUCAGUGAACACCUCAGCACUGGGAUACCUGGAGAGGAUGGAUCUGCCAGACAAAGCUCUGAUCCAGUUCUGUUUAUGUUAGUGAACUUACAGGCAAAUUGCUGUGAUGUUGUUACCUUAGAGUUCAAGCUGGCUGAGACAAAUCUGCCCUCUUUGUACCCAGUAGAUAUUAAAAAAAACUCUGAUCAUAAUAUGAUUACAGCUACAUUUAAAGUGUUUUAAAUGCAAAUGUUUUAGAACCUAAAAGCUACUUGUUUCUAUAUUUUCAGUGUAAGAAAUUAAACUGUUUUUCUGCACAUGGUUUUAGAUAAUGUUUGAUGUGACUGCCAAUUAUACACACUUUGAGUUUAUGGAAAUGGUUUAUAGAGGCCUUUACCUUGAACACAAACCAAUUUGGCUUAUUGAGACAGGUUUAUCAAGAGAUCAGAUAAAACAGUUACAGUUAUAAAGUGAUCUACAUACACGACAAAGUGCAAA